CCUAACAGACUAUUGAGACCAGCCACCAAACCACAAAAAGUGACCUUCUCUUCGCGUGGCCUCUACGUCCCUCCUGAUGGAGGCAGAAAUGGGGAGCAGCACGGAGACUGGAAAGAUGGCCAGUAGAGGCACUCGAAUCGCCCUGGCUGUGUUCAUUGGUGGCACCCUGGUGCUGGGCAUGAUCCUCUUUCUAGUGAGUCAAGGUUUCUUAAGUCUCCAAGCUAAACAGGAGUACUGCUUGAAGCCAGAAUGCAUCGAAGCUGCUGCUGCCAUCUUGAGUAAGGUAAAUUUCUCUGUGGACCCUUGUGAUAAUUUCUUCCGGUUUGCUUGUGAUGGCUGGAUAAACAGUAAUCCGAUUCCUGAAGAUAUGCCAAGCUAUGGGGUUUACCCUUGGCUGAGACAUAACGUUGACCUCAAGUUGAAGGCACUUUUGGAGAAAUCCAUCAGUAGAAGGCGGGACACUGAAGCCAUACAGAAAGCCAAAAUCCUUUAUUCAUCUUGCAUGAAUGAGAAAGCGAUUGAAAAAGCAGAUGCCAAACCAUUGCUACAUAUCCUGCGGCACUCACCUUUCCGCUGGCCUGUGCUUGAAUCCAAUAUUGGUCCUGAAGGAGUUUGGUCAGAGAGGAGGUUCAGUCUUUUGCAUACCCUUGCAACAUUUCGUGGUCAAUACAGCAAUUCUGUGUUCAUCCGAUUGUAUGUGUCCCCUGAUGACAAGGUGUCCAACGAGCACAUUUUGAAGCUGGACCAAGCAACUCUCUCCCUAGCCGUGAGGGAAGACUACCUGGAUAAUACCACAGAAGCCAAGUCUUAUCGGGAUGCCCUUUACAAGUUCAUGGUGGAUACGGCUGUGCUUUUGGGAGCUAAUAGCUCCCGAGCGGAGCAUGACAUGAAGUCAGUGCUUAGAUUGGAAAUUAAGAUAGCGGAGAAGAACCAAAGUGUAAAAGCCCUGUACAUUCUUAGGACUGGAGGGAAAAAAUGUGAAAUCUGUCAUUCAAAAUUAGUGGAACACAUAGUACUAGGGAAACUUCUGAAGCUGGAGAGACAGGACAACCUAGCCAAGCACAAAAAGGUCCUUAUAAACACAGCCAUGGAAGUGACCAUUGCCAACUAUUUGGUGUGGAGGAUGGUUUAUUCCAGAAUUCCAAACCUUAGCAGGCGUUUUCAGUAUAGGUGGCUCGAAUUCUCACGGGUAAUUCAGGGGACUACAACUUUGUUGCCUCAAUGGGACAAAUGUGUAAACUUUAUCGAAAGCGCCCUCCCUUAUGUUGUUGGGAAAAUGUUUGUGGAUGUGCACUUCCAGGAAGACAAGAAAGAGAUGAUGGAGGAAUUGAUUGAGGGUAUUCGCUGGGCCUUUAUUGACAUGCUGGAGAAAGAAAAUGAGUGGAUGGACGCAGGGACAAAAAGGAAAGCCAAAGAAAAGGCGAGAGCUGUUUUGGCAAAAGUUGGCUAUCCUCAGUUUAUAAUGAAUGAUACUUAUGUUAAUGAAGACCUCAAGGCAAUCAAGUUUUCAGAAUUCGACUACUUUGGCAAUGUCCUGCAAACCCGCAAGUACUUAGCACAGUCUGAUUUCUUCUGGCUGCGAAAAGCGGUUCCAAAAACAGAGUGGUUCACGAAUCCAACGACCGUCAAUGCCUUCUACAGUGCAUCCACCAACCAGAUCCGGUUUCCAGCAGGAGAGCUCCAGAAGCCCUUUUUUUGGGGAACAGAAUAUCCUCGAUCUCUGAGUUAUGGAGCUAUAGGAGUAAUUGUUGGACAUGAAUUUACACAUGGAUUUGAUAAUAAUGGUAGAAAAUAUGAUAAAAAUGGAAACCUGGAUCCUUGGUGGUCUACUGACUCAGAAGAAAAGUUUAAAGAAAAAACAAAGUGCAUGGUUAACCAAUAUAGCAACUAUUAUUGGAGGAAAGCUGGCUUAAAUGUGAAGGGAAAGAGGACCCUGGGAGAAAAUAUUGCUGAUAAUGGAGGUCUGCGGGAAGCUUUUAGGGCCUACAGGAAAUGGAUAAAUGACAAGAGGCAGGGAGUUGAGGAGCCUCUCCUACCAGGCAUCAUCUUCACCAACAACCAGCUCUUCUUCCUGAGUUAUGCUCACGUGAGGUGUAAUUCCUACAGACCAGAAGCUGCCCGAGAACAAAUCCAAAUUGGUGCUCACAGCCCCCCUCAGUUUAGGGUCAAUGGUGCAGUUAGCAACUUUGAAGAAUUCCAGAAAGCCUUUAAGUGUCCACUGAAUUCCACGAUGAACAGAGGCCUGGACUCCUGCCGACUCUGGUAGCUGGGCCGCUGUUGUAUGCCGGCCCGAGAGCCAUGCAGUACUAGUAGAGGCCACACGGAGCGCUCAUCGCCACUGCUUUCAGCCUAUAUUCCCUGCCCUGCCCUGCCCCGCCCCGCCCCGCCCCACAGGACUCCUGGUUUUAGCGCAUCUUCCUUAUUUGGGUGUUGGUUGGAUCUAACCACUAUAUUCAAAUUGUAGGGCUCAAAAAAAUGGAAUCCGAGAAGGGAUCCCAGUAUGUUUCUUUACAAAACCAAACUAACAAAAAUAAAUCUCUAGGCCCCUUUUGUUAAAACAUUAUCUGCUGGAUUGUUGCUCUUGUCCAUUUUUAGUGUGUAAACAGCUAGAUGGUAGAUACCGUUCUAAGCCACAGCUUCGCAGGGGGCCUAAGUAGAAUGUAUCCAGAAAAAAAAUUCUGUCUAUUAAAUGUGUAACCCUCAAUGAUGAAUACAUGUUCCUGGAAUACCUGGUAGGUCUUACCUCUCUAUAGAACACGGUGCUAGGCUUUAUGUAUCGUCGUCCCCAGCGUUUAUAAACUCUAUGGUAGUUAAGUUAGAAAUGUGUUGAAGCUUCAUUUUACAGUUUCUGCUGAAAUUUUUGCCUUCAGUUUGGAAGUCUGUUGGGAUGAAAAUGCAUCUCGCAGCUUAUAUCUGACGCCGCUGAUUGCCCUGUUCCAGUCAGCCUGAACAAAGCUGGCCAAAAGGCUACUUGAGAAAGGAUUUCAGUUUAUCAAAUAGAAAAAAGAAAAAAAAGAUGUGUCUUUAAGGCCCAGAAGUCACAACUCCUCGUCACGUAACAGUGGGGACACGAAGAGAUGAAAUCUCCACCAUUUGAUCUCUUUUGCCCAAGCCUCAGUGAUUAUGUCUGUCUGCCGGACACUUUUCUUUAGUCCGAUUCUUACUUGUCUUAUUACCCUCAUAUAUGAGCACUUUUUUGAUUCUGAAAUGAGCAGGCAUUGAGAAGAUGAUUUUCUGAUUCUCCAUUAGGGACGUUACAGCUUCCGUUCUCCUUUAGCACAAAGCAACAAAUACCACAUUGAGGUGUGGGUGCAAAGUACCCUUGAGUUUUGCCUCAGUUAAUGUUACCUCUCUUUGAAAAAAGCUUUUUGAAAAAUUUCUUGAUUGAAGACAUUUUAGAAUUUAUUGAUUAAAUUUAGAAUUCCCUGCAUAGUCCAAAGAAACGUAAUUUUCACUGUCCAGGCCUUCUAAAUAGCCUGUAAGGAAGAGCAGGACUAAGUUUUUGAUCCUCAGGACUUUAUGCUUUCAAGGGAACUCCAUCUCUUAUUAGUGUGUGUGUGUGUGUGUGUGUGUGUGUGUGUAGGAUAAAAUUGUGAUGGCCUUAAACUGGCAUUUCCAGUUUCUUAAAAUAGCUGUCACCCCUUUGCGUUAUUCAUUGUGUAUGCAGUUUUGGCCAAUAGGAAAAUCUCAAAAGCAAAAGGACAAAUUCAGACUAACCAUGGGAGGCCAUUUUGCACCCCUGUGAUUUGUUGUCCUUUUUAUUUUUUAAAUGUAAGUGUGUGCCAUGUCUUUUCAAAACCGUGGGAACUUCUGAAGGGAGAAAAAUGCAGGGGCUCCAUCAUGAGGAAAACAGUUACACUGCUUUAGAGGAGAGUGAUUUCCCCCUUGACCUCCUCUUCUCCGAAUGAAUGAACUUCUGAAGAGCAGCUACUUUUUCCUCCUUUUAACUAAGGCUUAAUGUGACCUUAGUUCAUAUUUUUAAAAACAAGGGGAAUUAGGGUAGGGCUGCUAGGAGAGUACAUGCCUUUUCUCUGGAGGAAUCAUUCUGAUUUGGUUUAGACAUACAAGAUGCUCCUUGUUUUAUCCCGGUACUUGGACAUUUAAAAUCAGCUGAGGUUUCUUAUGCUUUUAUGGAUAGCAUUUUCCUUCUAGAUUUCUCUUUUUAAACUCCCAAUAAACACAUUCCUGCAGGUCAGAGAAAGUGUUUGAUAAAAGCAUAGGAUUAAGACUUUGGAAAUGGGCAUCCGUCAGUCAGUCGUUGAUUGAGGACAGCUGGUUGAUCAGCUGGGGCCCUACAAUUUCUAAGCAAUGUGGCUGCCUUGUCCUGAUUAACUUUCCUUGAUAUGUCAGUUAUCCUGAAAAUUGUAGAUACGAUGGCCAUUAUUAAAACAAAAUAACCCCAAAGCAGCGAUACCAAAUCCUCAAUACUAGCUAGAACAAAUUUCCGGUAGGAUUGGAUAUCCAAAUACAUGCUCAUUGUUUAAAUUUUCAGACGACACUCUCCGUUGUUCCUUUUCUUCAAUACAGAUCGCUAAAGGAAGCAGACACUGAGUAAGUGGUAGAGGGAAGAAGGUAAAACGCAAGUGGAAGGAAAGGUAAAAAAGUAGGGAGAAGCUGGCCUAAGAAUAUGUUGCUGAAGAGAAGACAGGAUUUGGGCAAUCCUGGCUAAGCACAUCCACUGGAGUAGAGCCAUAAAGUUUUACAAAAAUAAUUAUGGUAAGUCAAAAGGAAAUUAGAUACUGGAUCACAGACUAGGACUGCUGUCACAUACUUUUCUGAUUCAUAUGCCAGAUGUUCUGCCAAUGGACUAUUGUCUGGGUGUUGGAAGGAGUUAGGGUUUUUGUUUUUGUUUUUUUUUGAAAAUUCUCCCAGAUUAGUCAAGGAUUUUAUGUAUAUAAAGUGCUAUUAUUUGAGCUUAUCACCAUUGCCCAAAGUUUGUUCAGCUUUUCACCAGCCACACAGCAUUGGCCUCCUGUUUCCCUUUUUUCCUUUUAUGAGAUGGACUUGGACAUGACUGAUGCAAGCUCAGGAUUCGUAAAUUAUCCUGAAGUUUAUUCAGUGCCUUUCCUCAAUGGAGCUUAAAGCAUAGCACAUAAAUUUUAUCUUCUUUAGCUCUGGAGCAUCACUAAAAAGCAACAAGGAAUGAUGGCUUGCCACACGGGUUAUGCUCAUGCCAGAGAAGUGGAGAGAGGUUUGAAAUUGCUUUGUCAAGUAUCCCAGAAUCAGGAAAGGCAGAGUCUUUGUUCUGUGGGCUGCUGACCUCUGCAUUAACCUUCAUCCCUUAGAUUACCCCAUUUCUAAAUACAUUUAUCCUCUUAGUAUUUCUAUAAUCACUUAGCAUUUGAUGGGCUUCUUCCCUGAUAUUUUUAACAUAACAGCUCAGUUGCAUAUUAAGUUAAGGAAGAAUAUGAUUUUUCAUGCAGCAACAUUCUCGUCACCGGUGGCCAUGCCCCCACUGGUUUGAAGAAAGGUGUUCUUGCAUUAUGUGUUUUAUAUCUAAACGGUCAUUGUAUUUUCUUCUCCUACUUGUGGAACAAUGUGAACAGUCAUUUUAAGGACAAUA